AUGAGGCCUGCCACGACCCAGCGCCUUUCGCGCGAAAGCGCUCAUGCUUUCGCUUGUCGCACCACCCCCACAGCGCGGCCAUCCUCCACAGCACCGCCAUGUUUGUCCGUGCUAGGGAUGUCCAACAUCAUUUGGGGCUGGGCCACGUUGGCGCUCUUCCAUCGGCCGCUCUUCGAUGCCACCGCAGACCUUCUAAAGCAGCGAAGCAGCGAGGGAGACCUCGGCGAGGUGCUGAGUGAGUGGAAGGCGCAAGAGCUGUCCAACACUGCCUGGAGCUUCACCACCGUUUUGCACGUCCACCCUGCCUCGGCUGCCAUGGCCCACGCGGCCCUGCGGCGCUUGGACGAGUUCCAUGCGCGACACAGUGCAAACCUGGUGGGCAAGUCAGCUGCAGCAAGUGACGUUCCAACAUCCCAGCCUGAUGUGGACAAGACAGACACCGCCGGGAAUGUAGCAGGUGCCAAAGGCUUCUGA